AUACAUCUUUGGCUAUUGUAAGUUAUAUUGCCUUGCAAGGUGAACCGUUCCGUGGACAUGAUGAAUCAGAAACUUCAUUGAACAAAGGCAACUUUCUAGAAUUUCUUGAUUGGUACAAACUAAGAAAUGAGGAAGUGAGGCAGGCAUUUGAAUUUGCUUGUCCUAAAAAUGCUAAAAUGACUUCUGGAACAAUUCAGAAAGAACUUGCCGAGUGUUGUGCUCAAGCGGUUACCAAAGUCAUAAAAGAAGAGAUGAGUGGUUGUUUAUUCUCUAUUCUUGUUGAUGAAUCUCGUGAUAUAUCAGUCAAAGAGCAAAUGGCCAUAAUAGUCAGGUAUGUGAAUAAAAAGGGGCAAGUAGUUGAAAGAUUUUUGGGUAUCAAGCAUGUCAAGCUAACUACAUCAGAAGCAUUAAAGAGAGCAAUAGUGGAGGUUCUUAGUGCCCAUGGUUUAACUAUUGCAAAAAUACGAGGCCAAGGGUAUGAUGGAGCUUCUAAUAUGAGAGGUGAAUUCAAUGGUGUUCAAAAACUAAUUCGUGAUGAGAACCCAUAUGCUUUUUAUAUCCAUUGCUUUGCUCACCAAUUGCAGUUGGUAGUUGUUUCGGUUUCAAAGUGUUGUUCAUCUAUAGAGGAUUUCUUUGACUAUGUGGAUAUGAUUGUGAGCAGCACUAGUGCAUCUUGUAAGAGGAAGGAUUUAUUGAUUGAUAGUCAUCAUACAAUUGUUUUGAAUAAGUUGGACAGUGGAGAUAUUUUAUCAGGUAGAGGACAAAAUCAAGAAACAUCAUUGCCUAGGCCUGGAGAUACAAGAUGGGGAUCUCACUACAGGACAUUGCUUCGUAUUGAAACAAUGUGGGACUCAAUAAUAGAAGUUCUGCAAGUGGUGCAUGAUGAGGAACGUAAUCCAUCAAGGGCAGGGGGGUUGGUGCCUAUUAUGGAGUCUUUCAGCUUUGUGUUUAUCAUGAAGAUGAUGUUACAGAUCCUUCGCAUAACAAAUGAGCUAUCUCAUCUGUUGCAGAAGAAGGAUCAAAAUAUUGUUGAGGCCAUGUCUUUGGUUAUUGACGUGAAAACACGUUUGAACAAUUUGAGAAGCGAAGGUUAUGAGCCACUACUUGAAGAAGUCAAAACAUUUUGCCAAGAGAAUGAUAUCCCAAUACCAAAUAUGGAAGAUAGUGUACCAAGAUUUGGUAGAUCAAGGAAAGGAGGGAGAAACAACAUCACUCAAGAUCAUUACUUUCGUGUUGAUACCUUCUUUGCUACCAUAGAUGCUAUCACAACAGAGUUUGAUCAUCGAUUCAAUGAGGUAUCAUCGGAAUUACUUACUUGCUUUGCUUGCCUUGAUCCUAGAGAUUCGUUCUCUAACUUUGAUGUGAAUAAACUUGCUCGCCUCACGGAUAUAUAUUUGGAUGAUUUUUCUUUUGAUGACCGGAAAAGAAUAAGAGACCAGUUAGAAACCUUCAUUAUUCAUGUUAGAAGAGUUGAGGCAUUCAGAGCUUGUUAUGACCUUGCAAGCCUAGCAAUGAAAAUGGUUGAACUUAAGAGGCAUGAAAUAUUUCCCUUGGUUUAUCGUCUAAUUGAGCUGCCAUGA